AGUGCAAGAUUUUCUUGUCCAGUUAUUUAAUUAUUUAUUAUAUUCUAUAUUUAUAUUUGCCGCUCAAGGCGACAACUUAAUUAUUAUGAUUACUGUUUGACUGUGAUGGCGUCGUUUUCGCGCGCAGCCGAGCUGCAUAUACCACACUCUCCGGCUCACUCGCUGUGACUCUCACUUGUUGCUUGAACACUUGUCUGUUUUGUGUAUUACUACGUUGUUACAACUCAAGCAUCUUUAUUAAUAUUAUUAACUUUAUAAUACGUAUAUUAUUUGAUAUCAAAGAUUAUUUAGAAGUUGUUUAUAUUUAUUAGAAGAAUAAAUAAACCUAGAUUCAGUUUAACAUAAACCUUGUGUUUCACUUUAUUCAAUAAACCUGAAAGGUUAUUGGGCUCCAGUGCACGCUUCCACUGCGUACGUGAUUGAUUUAUUGAAAAUAAAUUGAGUGAAGUGAUUGACCACAAGAUGUCAGAGUCAGAUAAAAAGCUUACAAUGGUUGAUUACGACAGUGAGGGAAGUUUCGAGAAAAUUGAAGAUUCUGGAAAUGCUGAGAAGGACCCAGCAUUGCAGAUUAAGACUGAGAAAACUGAGGACACGCUCUACAGUUUGUCUCAAUUCCACAAAGGUUUAUUGCAACAAACAAAAGGCAAUCCAGGUUCAUCAACGAAAUCUAGUGACAUUAAAGAUGUAAAAGAGUCACUUAAAAGGAUGAACAACUUCUCAACUCCUGUCAAACCAGGUCAAUCGACGAGUACAGAUGAUGGUACAGAUGACCGUAAGAAUGAAAGUAAAGAUGAUGAUACUAAAGAUGAUGAUGAUUUUAAAGACAAGAGUGAAAAUACCAAGAUUAAAAUUAGAAGCAGCAAAAAGAUGUUAAUGCUUGGUAAUAAAGAUUUAGAAGAUAUGAAGAGGUUGAUGCUGGAGUCAAACAAGCAGACUCAAGAAAUAGCAACGUCAAUUGCAAGAACAGCUAGGAGACUCGAGGAAGUCUCUGCUGCAAUGUUAGAUGCCCUAAAGGUGAUGACAAAAGGGUAUAAAGCAGAGUUAGAUCGCGAAAAGACUAAAGCGGAAACAGCAAAGUUAGAAGCAGAAAAGAAGACCGGAGAUGGAGAUGAUACUGUCAAAGCACAGACAGCCAAAUUUGACAGUAAAACAAGAUGUUAUAGAUGUGCUAAGACUGGACAUAGAAUCGAGGACUGUCCACUGUCAAAAGACUUGUGGUUUUGCUACUUUUGCCAGGACAUUAAGAAACACAAAGGUGCAGAAUGCAAGGAAGGAAGACUCACAAGUAAGGUUUUGAAUAAUAAUGAUAAUAUAAAUUCUAGAGGUAAAAUAGAUAGACGAGGUUUUAUUAAAGUUAGAAAUAAUGUGAAUUCUAAGCCAUAUAAUAAUGAUAGACGUUUUAAGAAUUAUAACAAGAACGAUCAACAGUCAGCUCAAAAUGCACACAACAACAGAAGUGCAAAAAGAGUGACUGACGAAAGAAAAGAAAAACCGACUGACAGAAAGAAGUAGAGCAGUGGAAGCUGGAUACAAAAAAAUGGAGGGAGUGUUAAGAGUGCAAGAUUUUCUUGUCCAGUUAUUUAAUUAUUUAUUAUAUUCUAUA